AUGGUCCGUCCAGUCAUUCAUCACACAGCCAAAGCGAAGCUACAAGCUGCACGUGAAAGGCACCGCCGUCAUUAUGCAAAAGAUGAGAUUUUAAAGAGACGAAGAGAGCUUUGUAGCUCUAAAACCAAGGAAUCAAAGGCAGCUAAUAAAUUCACUAAGGAGCUCUCAAAGGCUGUUGCAAAAGCUUUGUAUCGUGAAGAUGAAGAUGAGUCUGAGUCUGAGUUUGAGUCUGACUCUGAUGACUUGGAGUCAGAUAAUGACGAUAAGCCAUGUGAUCUUCCAGAGUGUUUAUGCAUUCUCAAAGACAUCAAGGACAAAAUAUUGGAAAUGAUCAGUGAUGACCCUUGCAAAUUCAUCAAGGGAGUCUUAUGCAAAUAUGUAAAGAGUUUCCCAGAGGACUCCUCCCCAGGCGAUAUCUCCAUCAUCAAAACCUCAAUCAUCAAGGUCCAAAACAUACUCAACCGGACCAUUGCAGUGCACGAUCAAAUCCUGAAUUUUUGUGGAGUCUCACCUGAGUGGCAUGCCGCUGACUCAGUCACCUGUUUCUUAAGAUGGCGCUUGCAUAUCUAG